AUGUUGACACAUGUUGACACCAAGGCCCCUCCUAGCUAUUCGCCAGAAGUUGCUGCUGGAUGCCCUGCAGGAGACCACGCGGCAUUUUCUGACAAAAUGAAUGAUUCCGGUGUUGGUGCAGCAGGUACCGGUGCUGGCGCCCCCAUCGCCAAGCCUGCCAAGGCACCGCCCAAAAUGGAGGUGGAACCCAAGCAGGCAGAGGAUCACGAACCACCAGCCACUCCGAAGCAGAAUGCCAAAGAGCCGGACGUCUCCCAGGAGGCCGAAGCUUCCCCACCGCCCAUGCCAGCACCAAGUGCAGAGCCCGCCAGCCUGGCUGCUGCUGCUGCCGCCAUGGCUCAACGCCGCAUGAGCCGUGCAGCACAGGCGAAAGCUGAGCCAAAGAAGUCAGAGGCGGAGCCAGCAAAAGCCAGCGCAGCAGCACCUGCUGUCCCUAAAGCAGUGCACCAGAAGGAAGAAGAGCCUGCGCCAGCUCCGCAGGCCGCUCCUCCAGCGCCGGUGCUGUUCGGACCAGCGGAAAGCACUGCCCCGAAGGCCCGCAUGCCUCCACCCGCUCCGAAGGCCAAAGCCAAGGCCUCGACGCCCUUGUCCCCGGAGGCUGCCCUGAAGCUGCGGCGUUCAGUGGUCGCACAGGUGCAAGAUGAUGAUGUGCAAUCCGAUGUGAGCGAUUUCUGA